CUGAUACUCUUUGCCCUCAUACUUUUGCCCGUUAGUUAGGGAACAGGUGCUAUUGCAUCACAGAAGGAAAACAACAGCGUUGAAUCGGGACCAAACCGCAGGUUUGUGUGCUGAGUCUGUGAAUGGAAGACUUCUGCUCUGAGGUGGAAGAUUGGAGAAGAAUCUGCAGAGGCCACUGAUGCACCAUCAAUAACUCACUCUGAGACGCAAGGCGAGAUAUCGGCAUUUAUUGACUGGAAGAAGGAACAAACAGAGAGUGACCACCAUACUACAUCCUGGAGACUGAGAGGCCGGGCUCAGGCCUUGAUCGCCUUUAUUCCGGGGUCUGUGGGAGGAGUCACAGGAGCAGUCAGCAGGGGGCGUGUCCAGACAGCUUCGAGAAAGGUUCACAGUAUGGAGAACUUCACAGCGUCAGAAAGUGACGAGUUGGUUUUCUUUGUCAAUGGACGCAAGGUUGUGGAGAGAAAUGUGGAUCCCGAACUGAACUUGAUAACCUACCUGAGGAGGAAAUUGGGGCUGACUGGAACCAAGCUCGGCUGUGGGGAAGGAGGAUGUGGCUCCUGCACUGUGAUGAUCUCCAAGUACAACGCUCUCCAGGGGAGGGUCAAACACAUGGCUGUGAAUGCCUGUCUGGCACCCCUUUGCUCCCUUCACUGGACUGCUGUGACCACGGUGGAGGGAAUUGGGAGCACCAGUACGAGGCUUCAUCCAGUGCAGGAGCGUAUUGCACAGGCCCACGGCUCCCAGUGUGGAUUCUGCACCCCUGGAAUUGUCAUGUCUGUAUACACUUUAUUGCGGAACAACCUGAACCCCACAAUGGAGGAAAUUGAAGACACCCUCCAAGGAAACUUGUGUCGCUGCACAGGAUACAGAUCCAUCCUUGAUGGUUACCGUACCUUCACCCAAUCAUCGAGCUGCUGUGGUGGAGCUGUUGACGGCAAGAACUGCUGCAAGCAACAAUUGGAAGAGGUCGAUCAGAAAUCACCCAAACUUUUUGAAUCAUCAGAGUUUAAGCCUCUGGAUCCCACUCAGGAACCCAUCUUCCCCCCUGAACUGGCACUUAAUAAAUCUCCUCAGAGAACACUGGUCUUCAGAGGGGAGCGAGUCACUUGGAUUCAACCUACAACCCUGAGUGAGCUGCUGGCUCUGAAGGCAAAACACCCUGAGGCCAGGCUGGUGGUUGGCAACACAGAAGUGGGCGUUGAAAUGAGAUUCAAGAAUAUGUUGUACCCAGUGAUUCUGGCUCCAGCUCAUAUUCCAGAACUGAAUUCUACCAAACGCACGGAUACAGGGAUAUUGUUUGGAGCGGCAUGCACACUGACCCACAUCGAAAAUGUGUUGAAAGGAGCUGUGAACGAGCUCCCUGGCUACAGGACAGAGGUUUUCCGGGCUGUGUUGGAGCAGCUGCGGUGGUUUGCAGGGCAACAGAUCAGGAAUGUUGCGGCUGUAGGAGGGAACAUCAUGACUGCCAGCCCUAUCUCAGACCUCAACCCCCUUUUUGUGGCCUCUGGUUGUCUACUUACCCUGGCAUCCCUAGGGAGUACCCGCGUUGUGCAGAUGGAUGGAGAUUUCUUUACCGGCUACAGGAAGACCAUAUUAAACCCGCAGGAGAUCCUGGUCUCCGUGGAGAUUCCUUACACAAGGAAGGGAGAGUACUUUUCAGCAUUCAAGCAAGCCCAGCGCCGUGAGGAUGACAUCGCCAUUGUGAACUGUGGGAUGCGAGUUGCUUUCAGGGAAGGGAGCAGCGUUGUAGAAGAGUUGAGGUUGAGCUAUGGAGGCAUGGGGCCAACCACCGUGUCUGCAAAGAAAACGUGCCAGGAGCUUCUUGGAAAGCAGUGGAAUGAGGAGCUCCUCCAGAACGGCUGCUCGCUGCUUGCGUCUGAGCUGACGCUCUCGCCCUCCGCUCCUGGUGGGAUGGUGCAAUUCCGACGUACCCUGAGCCUUAGCUUCUUCUUCAAGUUCUACCUCAGCGUGCUACAGAAACUGGGACAAGACUUCAAGGGUGAUUUUCACGUGGAAUCCAUCUCACCAGAAUACAUCAGUGCCACUGAGUUAUUCCACAAGGAACCUACCUCUUCUGUGCAGCUGUUUCAGGGAGCCCCACCUGGCCAACUCCCAUCGGAUAUGGUUGGCCAUCCACUGCCGCAUCUGUCGGGCUUCAAGCAGGCCACAGGGGAGGCCAUUUACUGCGAUGACCUGCCAGUUUUUGAGAAUGAGCUAUACCUGGCUCUAGUGACCAGCACGGAAGCUCACGCCCAGAUCAGUUCAAUUGACAGCAGCCAGGCCCUGAAGGUUCCUGGAGUCACCUGUUUCCUCACGGCCGAAGACGUCCCAGGAAGCAAUGUGACUGGACACAUAGCUAUGGAUGAGACUGUGUUCGCAGACGGUGAAGUCACUUGUGUCGGACACGUCAUCGGGGCAGUUGUUGCUGACACAGAGGCUCAUGCCCAGAUGGCUGCAAAGGCAGUGAAGGUCACAUACAAAAAGCUAAAGCCUAUCAUCACUAUUCAGGAAGCCAUCAGCCACCAAUCUUUCCACAUGCCACCAUUCAGACUUGAGAAUGGAGACAUCGAACAAGGAUUUAGACAAGCUGAUGACAUCAUUGAAGGGGAGAUGUACAUUGGAGGCCAGGAGCAUUUCUACCUGGAGACACACUGCACAGUGGCUGUGCCCAGAGGUGAAGACGGGGAAAUGGAACUCUUUUCAUCAACACAGAGCCCUUCACAAACACAGUUCCUUGUUGCAAAAGCCCUCGGUGUCCCUGCCAAUAGGAUUUGCUGUCGGGUGAAGCGGCUCGGAGGGGGCUUUGGGGGGAAGGAGUCACGCAGCACGUUACUGUCGAACGUGGUGGCGGUUGCUGCUUUCAAGACAAAGCGCCCCGUUCGAUGUGCACUUAGUCGUGAUGUAGACAUGUUGGUGAGUGGGGGAAGAAAUCCUUUUCUGGGACGCUAUAAGGUUGGGUACCAGAAAAGUGGGAAAAUCAUGGCUGUGGAUCUCGCACUCUACUGCAAUGCAGGAAAUACCCUGGAUCUUUCAUCUGCUGUCUUGGAACGGGCUUUCUUUCACGCUGGGAACUGUUAUAAAAUUCCAAACAUUCGAGGCAUCGGCUACAUCUGCAAAACAAACCUAUCUUCCAACACGGCGUUCCGCGGAUUCGGGGGCCCUCAGGGGAUGAUGGUGGCUGAGAGUUGGAUGGACGCUAUUAUCCAGAAGAGCGGACUCCCUGCAGAGCAAGUACGGAAGUUGAAUCUUUACCAAGAAGGAGAUACCACCCAUUUCAAUCAAAAGAUGGAAGAUGUGAAUAUUGGAAAAUGUUGGGAUGAGUGCAUGGUGGGCUCGUCCUAUCAGAGCAGAAGAAAGGCAGUGGAUGCAUUUAACAGCCAGCAUCGCUGGAAGAAGAGAGGACUGGCGAUUAUUCCAACCAUGUUCGGAAUAAGCUUCACUGCUAAGUUUUUGAACCAGGCAGGGGCUUUGGUUCACAUUUACACUGAUGGCUCGGUGCUCCUGACCCACGGUGGAACUGAAAUGGGCCAAGGACUCCACACCAAGAUGGUUCAGGUUGCCAGUAAAGUACUGGGCAUCCCAGUCUCCCUGGUUCACAUCAGUGAAACAAGCACCAACACCGUUCCAAACACAAGCCCAACAGCAGCCUCAGUCAGCUCAGAUAUGAAUGGAAUGGCAAUCAAGAACGCGUGUCAGACUCUUCUGGAAAGGUUGGAACCAUUUAAGGCCACCAAUCCAACAGGAACCUGGGAGCAAUGGGUUUCUGCUGCUUACAUGAAAAGAGUGAGUCUGUCUGCAGCAGGAUUUUACAGGACUCCGGAUUUGAACUAUAACCAGAAGGAGAACAAAGGAAGAGCCUACUCCUAUUUUAGUUACGGGGUGGCUUGUUCAGAGGUUGAAGUUGACUGUCUCACUGGGGAUCACAAGAACCUCCGCACGGACAUAGUCAUGGAUGUCGGCCUGAGUCUGAACCCGGCGUUGGACAUUGGGCAGGUGAGCUUCCUUUGCUGCACAAGGAACAAGUGCACUGGUGUUAAGAGGAGUGGUGGGGAAAGACGGCCGGGAUUCCUGCAUCUCAGCAUGUCCACCUCGGUACAAUGUGGUACUGCUGUGGUGAUAUAACUGUGCAGAGUAUGAUCCCACAAGCAGUCGUGUGAUAAAGAUCAAGAACAGAAACAUGUGAUGCCUUGAAAUUUUGACUAUGGCUACUCUGGCGCAGUUCAUUUCCUAAGCUUAUGCUAUGUACAGGUGACCAUGAUCACCUGACCUUGGGAAUCCAGCUUGAACCCAACUCGGGACCAGUUGUCCAGAUCACUCUGGUCUAUAUUCUGCAAACAUACAUUCAGGUUCAGGUUGAGUCUGAUCAGGUGAGAUCAGUACUUCCUUAGGAAGAACCUCAUUAAUGUAUUUUGACAAGUCUCAUUGCCACUUCCGCGUGUUAAAAAGCAUCCAAAAGAUGAGGCCUUAAAUGUGCAAUGUGCAGCAUCUCCACUAGGUGGCAGUGGUAGCACAACGGGAAGAGUCGCUACUUCCAGCUCGAAAAGGUACAGAUUCGAUCCUCCCGUCUGGUGCCGUUCUGUGGCGUCUCCCUUUCUCCCAGGGAUCCAAUCUGCCCCUGUGUGGGUAGACUAAAUGGUCAUGUAAAGAAUCAAAAGGGCUUGAGUGUGUGAAGAAACGGCAGGUCUACAGGAAAUAAGAAGGACAAUUGAACUGAACUGUUAUGUAUUUGAAACGUAAUCUUCCCAACUGACAAAGGAAUCUUUCGAUAGGGAUGGGGAAGUGUACCAUUGGAGUUUCGGCUUGCAUGUAAUAGAUGGGCUGAAUGGCCCUUUUUCACUAACCCAUUGAAAUGCAUGCAGGGUUUAGCUGUGUGCAGUGAACCUCCUCACAUUUAAUGGGUUGGCGACAGAAGACAUGGCACCUUGGAGCUUGGUCUGGGUUGGAAGGACUUUCAAUUUAACAUCCAAGUGAUGGGACUUGUGACUUGUGUGGGCUGGUUUUCCUGGCAACCUGUCCAUCAAUCGUAGAGGAGCUCCUUGAAGGAUAAACAAUCCCUGGAGAGCAGAAUUCAGGAAGAGCUCACCUGUCCCACCUUGAAUAGCUGAUACAGAUUGAACCAGAAAAAGCAUGUAGCUUAACAGCUCCUUCGCUAGAUCAAAGGGGAAGGUGUGG